UCAUGUCGAGCCGAUCCAAUCCAACAAUCUCCUUCGGGCGGCCGUCUGUUUCUGCUAGUUUCUGCAACUUUGGUUUCUGCGAACUUCUCAUCCAGCUUUUAAUACUUCAUUUAGCUGUGACUAUCAUCUUAUCAUGGCGUACGCAGUGAGGUUCGCCAACAAAACAAGUGCUGUGUCACUUCUGAGACCAGUGACAGCUUUGCCCACUGCAUGUCUUGCGCCCAUGUCAGCAAUGAGUCCCAAGCAGGCAGAAGCAACAGAACACUUUUUCAAAAAGAACAAGUCACUCGAGAGGCCUUUGUCUCCUCACCUGAGCAUUUAUGCGCCGCAAAUGUCAUGGGUGCCUUCACUGAUACACAGGACAACUGGCAUUGGCAUGACAAUGUGCCUGUAUGGAAUAGGUGCGAUGCCAUUUGUAUGCUCACACCAGUUCCCACACUAUGUGGAGGCCCUGCAGGCCAUGCACAUCUCACCCAUCCUCACUUUCCCAGUGAAGCUUGGCCUGGCCUUUGCCCUCUGCUACCACACUUUCAAUGGCAUACGCCACCUGGCCUGGGAUUUGGGUCUUGGCUUCAGCCUCAAGGAGCUCUACGCAACAGGCUAUCUUAUCAUAGGCGUCAGUUUGGUGGCAGCAGUGGUUUUGGCCCUCAAGUAGACCUGCCUUAUGCCUGGACUGGAGCACCUAGGGUCAAGGUGAUGAAUUUGCCCAGUGACAUGCACACUUUAACACUCUUAAUGUGCUUGGUCAGGAUCUCUGGGAGUGUUAGUACAAUAUCUAUGACAUAUGUGUUUCUAAUACCCCUGUCAGAUUGGAAAAUUUAAUGGCAUUCAAUACAUAAAAACGUUGCAAUUUUGCUCAAAAGGUGUAGCAUUAUUAGUGAUUGGUAAAGUGAUUAGACAGCUACACAAAGUAAGGUUCAUAUUUUUAUUGGCCAUAUAAAUUGCAGUAAACAUUCACUCAACUAAUUAAAUUAACAAGCAUGGUGUCAUGCAUGCACAGGCAAACAUGAACAGAUCUCACUCAAUGACCAUGAGCAGUCGCUAUCGCAAUGCUACAGUAAUGAAAACACUUGCUUCACUGCACCUCUAAACCUUGAGAUUACGGGACCUCCAACAUUAGGCACAUGGAAAGACAGUGCGCAUGAAGCCACCAGCAUCUCGGCUCAUAUUUAGUUUUUGCAGCUGCCGCAGAUUACCGUAUUUACUCAAUUCUCUUACUCAAUGCCCUCGAUUGUAAAUGGCACCUGCCGCUUGCCAUGACCUAAAAAAAUAAAAAAGAAGAAAAGUCCUUUACAGUAUUGUGCACCUAAUUCUUUCAUACAGGAAAACAACUUCCUCUCAUUUGAAAAAACAAAGAUUUACUCCCAGUACACUAAAGUUGCGAUAAUUAAAGAAAGUCGCAGUUUCGGCCAAAAUGCAAAGCAUCGAUUACGAUAGCAAAUUAGUAGACAGUUAUACAAAAAGUAAGGAUAGUAGUUUUAUCUGCCAUAUAAACUUUUAAACAUUUGCUUACGAACUAAAUUGCCAAGCAUGGUGUCACGUGCACACAAGCAAACAUGAACACGUCUCACGCAAUGAUUGCGGGAACUCUAUCAAAGCGCUAGAGUGGGGAAGUGUGGUAGCGGGAGCUAGCGAAUUGACCUUUGUGCGGUCUCUCCCUUCAACGCGAACUAACCGAUGAGAACACAGCACAGUGCGCCUAGAUGAGUAGACUCUGUCUCCAUCACAGAUCGCUUUCAAGAUAGGGACGUAGGAGCCGUCGGAGUAUAAAGCUUCUCCUGCUUGCGUUAGAUUCGAGUAAAUACGCUACUUUCAAGAUAAGGUGCAUGGGCUGCAUAUGCACUCAACUGUGCAAAGAGCCAUGCACAGCCUGCCUAAAAGAGGAGAUGCACGCCCUCCUCUUCUAAUGCAUGCAUGAUCGCGUGGCCUCCAUCAUUGGGAGUGUGGGAAGACAGCGUGCAUUAAGCCACCAUGUUUCUUGGCUCACCCUCGCAUGCUUUUCCUUGCACUCACAGCAUACGGCACACAGGGCGCGGUAGGAUUUUAUCGCUCUUGGACUUUCUAUAGAACAUUGUGGCAAUGGCAAAAGUUCCCCUAGAGUGUCCAUAUUUGCUAUAGAAAUAGUAACUUUAGUAAUCAAUUGUAGACAAGCAAGGGAUGUCAAAAUGUUCCCCUGUCAAAGUGUUGGCUCCAGCAACAUCGUUCUUCGACCAUUAUAGAUAAAUAAUAGUCUCCAUGUGAUCCUCUGUCUUGUUUGGCAAUCAAAUAACAUUGAGCUCCUGGAACGUCACGUGGCAAGAUUUAAUACCAGUUGCUUAAUAUGGUGAGAGCAAUGCAUGAAAGAAUAAAAUGCUGGAAAAAUGCCCCCAUGUGUGUGCAAAAGGUUCCUCUUUAUUAAAAUUAAUUUAGGUAUUUAUGUUACUCGCUGUAGUACCUCAGUGGCUGUGGUGUUGUGCUGCUUAGCGCAAGGUCACAAGUUUGAUUUUGGCCGCAGCGGCCGCAUUUUGAUGGGAGUGGAAUGCAAAAAUGCUCAUGUACGGCAUGCCUCAUAAUCAGGUCAAGACUAGAGCCAGGUAUGAAUCAAAUUAGUUAAUUUAUCACUGAAACCAUGGGGCACAUCUGGUAGCACAAUGAAUGCACAGGUACACUGUCUCUUGCUUAUGAGAUCAAAUGCAUCACAAUUUUGUAUCUUACAAAAUAUAGACCAUUGCUAUUAAAUUCGUAAAUAUUAAUUCUGUUGUGCUGUUUUUGCUGAUCCUGUACGUUUCUUGGCGCUUUUUGGUGGUGAGCAUUCACAUGUUCUGCAACAUAUUUGAAUGAGUUUCCUGAACUCAUUGCAAAUGAUUGCAAGCGAUCACAUAUGUCACUUUCAUCUAUCGACAUUAAAUAUUCCCACGUAGCAACAAACUAGUGACAUAUACAGUUGUCAUUUGGUGCAAAUGCAUUACAUUUUCUUGUGUGGCAGGGGUAUUAUUGAACUGUAUCAUGCCUUUACUGACCCAAGCUUUGUUGUUUACUUUAGCCAUGCACAGUAAAAGGAAGUGCCUUGAUGUGCAUCUAUGUUUUCUCCUAGUGUGUCUGUACCAUCUUUUGUCAAUUUACUAAGGUGGAGGAAAUUGUGUUCAUGAGGCUGCAUGCCAAGGUGGCCUCUACACCGGCUACCAUAUCUAUUGGGAAUUGGCCACACCUUCCACAAGAUGCAGCAUGCACAAACUGUCCCUUUCCAGUGAUGAAAGCAGACGCCUGCCACUUAGUAUGAAAUUGUCCACCUUUACAACCGGAAUGCUCCCAUCUCCUGCACGUUGGCCUCUGCUGCAGCGCUAUGUCUAGCUACGAUGUCUGGAUGUACAAAAGCAGAUACCACAAAACACUUCCUUAAAUUCAUGGACUUCAUGAACAACACAGGUCUUACAGAGAACGUAUAACACCUAUCAGACAAUAUGCUUUAGAGACAAGCCUUCAUUGAAAAAUUUUUAAAAUAUCUUGCACAUCUCCCAACUGUUAUCAGUUUAUUGUAAGAUGCCCAAUUUUUAGGCUGUUAUCAGUUGUAACGACACCAAUAAUUUUACUAAUUUUGAUUUGCAUACAGUUUAGGGCAAAACUAACUUCGAAAGAAUGAAAUGCGGUUGCCCACAGAUUUUUCUGACCCUUAUUGUUCAUACCUGCCGGCACCAUAGCCACUCACUUCAUAGGAAUGAGAAUAGUGCAGUCAGUCUGUCAACGUUACAUGAUUACCUUAUCAAUAAAUAUCAUGGAUAUUUCUGCAUAUCUGUGGCUCAUAUAAAUUUAACUACAACUAUAUAGAGCUGAAAGGUGCCUUUUCACAGAAUCUGUUUUUUCAUUGUUGUUGAAGCAUGAUUUUUGUUUUUUGUAGAAAGCUUACUCUAAACUCAUGCUGUCCGAGGUACACAUACACACUUUAUUAACAAUCAUUUACCUAUAGACACAGAUAACAAGCAGCAGCAAACUUGCAACAGCAGAUACUAACUAGGAAAACAUUGCUUUUAGAUCAUGGUAACUUUUUCAGUGAAUCUGAUGUUUUUGCUGUUGCUUUAGGAACUUGUCUGUAUAAUCAUUCACGAAGCAAGUACUCCUUGGUGUCCUUUCACUAUAAGACUUUCAAUGGAAAGUUCAAAGAGCAAUGAGCAAAAUAUUUUCAACAGAAUUUAUUUUUUAUAAAACUUCAUGCAGCCUCUGUAAAAUCGUGAAAUGCACGCAGAUUUGUAAACAUUAUGAAAACUCUGGGUGGGCCGGCAGGUAUGGAGUUGUUGCUUUUGUCAUUCUUACUCUGUGCUCAAAGCCAUUACCAGUUCAAACAAAUAGGCACCGUCAAGCUCUGAACCGCUAAGGGCCAGUGUUACCAUCGCUUCCAUUACUGUUGCUGCUGUCAAUUCCAUCAAACAGUGGCUGUGUUGUCAUCCUGUCAUCCUCACCACUUUCCCCUUCUGCCUGAUUGAGUUUCGCUCGUGCAAGGACACCUCCAGCAACCACCAACCACACUGCUGUGUAGCUCAUGUAUGCUAUUGCAUGCAAUGCUGUAGUUUGAGAAGUCUGUGGAUGUUGUGGACGAAGUUAACACAAAGUUAUGUUACCGUUGUUAUUUGUUGCUAGUGCAGCUGAACGAAAUGUGGGAAGAAGCGACAGAGCCUACGUGUGUAGACAUAUGCAAAGUCAGCAACAUUUUUAUAGAGAGAGUUAAUUAAAACAACAUGCGGCAGCAUUAAGGUCCUAGUGUCUAUCCCAUUCCUUGUUGUAAACCUGUUUUGUGUGCAUACGUAUGGGAGGUGUUGCUCAUUUUGGUGGCUUGUAUUAAAGCGCGAAUUGUGUAGCACUUAUAAAUAAAGAUAUAAUGAUGUGCAAAUUUA